AUCGUACCGUUCGGCGUUCGCCGGUCAGGUUUUUCAAACAAAGGUUUGAACUUUCAACUUUGAUCUCGUCCUUCCGGAGCAAACUCGGACCAACUGCAAAUCUUGAUUCGUAUAGAGAAUGGCGGCGAAUGGGCUAAUGGCGGCGUCAAAUGUGUUUCUUCAUCGUCCUGAGAAUCGCAACUUCUCGUUUUCUUCUAGAACGAGUCAAACGGCUCUGAUCGGUGUUAAAGGCCGCGUUAGUUUUAUGACCAAUGUGAAACGCUGUUUUCCGGUGGUUUUGUCAAUGGCGAAGACGGAGACUUCCGGGGGAGCCGUAGAGUCCGUUGCGCCUGGUUACGGCAUAUCCAUCAUGGUGAAUGGAUGCAGUGGCAAAAUGGGGAAAGCUGUCAUCAAAGCGGCAGAUUCUGCUGGAGUGAAUAUUGUUCCUACAUCAUUUGGUUCUGCUGAAGAGGCUGGCCAGACAGUUGAGGUCUGUGGAAAGGAGAUUCUUGUUCAUGGUCCUACUGAAAGAGAGAAGGUUCUGUCUUCGGUGUUUGAGAAGUACCCCGAACUAAUUGUUGUGGAUUACACAAUUCCCUCUGCAGUAAAUGAUAACGCAGAGCUGUAUGGCAAAGUAGGAGUUCCCUUCGUUAUGGGUACAACUGGAGGAGACAGGACAAGAUUGUAUAAAACUGUUGAGGAAUCAAAGAUUUAUGCUGUGAUCUCCCCACAGAUGGGUAAACAGGUUGUUGCGUUUCUUGCAGCCAUGGAGAUCAUGUCUGAGCAGUUUCCUGGAGCAUUUGCUGGUUAUUCCUUAGAGGUGAUGGAGUCUCAUCAAGCUAGCAAAUUGGAUGCAUCUGGUACUGCAAAAGCUGUUAUUUCUUGCUUUCAGAAAUUGGGUGUAUCCUACGACAUGGACCAGAUACAAUUAAUUCGAGAUCCGAAGCAACAGAUGGAGGAGGUGGGUGUUCCGGAGGAGCAUAUCUCGGGUCAUGCUUUCCAUCUUUACCACUUGACAUCACCAGAUAAAACUGUGUCCUUUGAGUUCCAGCACAAUGUUUGCGGAAGAUCAAUAUAUGCUGAGGGUACUGUCGAUGCUGUGCUUUUCCUUGCGAAAAAGAUCCGGUCUAAAGCAGAGAAGCGGAUCUAUAACAUGAUCGAUGUCUUGAGAGAGGGAAACAUGCGUUGAACAUACCCCAAGACAACUAGAUGUUGAAGGUAGAAGGCUUACCAGAGCAAAAAAUCAGCUGUGAAUUUUGUUGUUUAGCUUUCAAAAACUUCCAGAGUUGUUCCAACUAGUUAUUGUUAGUUUUCCUUUGUAUUGACAGAACCAAAACCUGCGCCUGCAUUGUAUCUUCUGUUGACAACCUUUGAUGUUAUCAUCCCUUGUCUUCCGAUCUUAGAUAAAAUUGGAGUAUAACCCAAAAUUUGUCAAGGUGACUUUUUUUUAUGUUUUGAGGGAGCAAAUCUAAUGCAGGGUUCGUGAAUCGGCUGAGUAUCUCAAGGGUUGAGGCAUAAUCACCGAUGAGUUGGAGAGUCUCGAGCAGUGUGAGUAAGAGAAUCUGAUCCCUGUUUUGGCUUACGUAGAGAAAAAUUGGAAUCUUUAGGUCGAAACUAAACAAUGUGUUAAGAAUUAUCUGCAGAGUGUAGUACAGUACAGGUUCCUAGCUCUUCUCGGUUAAGUUUUUUUGUGGUUAAGUUUUUUUGUGGUUCCUUUGGAACAUCCCUGUGGUUAAGUUUUUUUGUGGGCUUAUGUAGAAAAUCAAGCCGUAGGGUUAUGUCUGGAUGAAAGUAACUUGUGAUUCUAAAAUUUAAGCUCCAACCUCCAACCCACGAACAGUUAGCCCUUCUCGGUUGCUACUUUGGUAAGUAUCAGUGUGAGUCCUAGGGGCAUUGUUCCAAAGGGUAACUCACUAUCUUUACCUUUUGGGAAUGAGAGUUGGAACUAUUAUCGAACCUCUUGUAGAUGAUGGCAUUGUAGCUAGGAUGUUAGAGAAACGUGGAUAUGCAUGAUUUUGAAGAGGCUGUGAAACUAAAUAUAGAGAUGUUAGUUUUUGACAUCAAUGGAGAGAUGUUAGUUUUAGUUAUAGCACAAUAUCUUCAGAUUCUCGGCUUACGGGUAAAAGGUAAGAUUUCGUCUCAAGUAGUAUAUUUUUAGUUUAGAGUUGAGAAUCAAACCAAGACACCAGAAGCUACAGAGCAAGGGAAAUUAGAAAGUUCCUUAAUUUGGUUUCUUAACUGCAGCGAUCAAAGAUUUGAGGAAUGGUUACACACGGCGAUAUAUGCCUGGUGGCAAAUUAGUCUCUGAUAACUUAUGAGGAAGAUGAUGAAGUUCUCUACAGACGUGUCGUCACAGCUUAGUAAAGAAUCUAUGGUCUCGUAUUUGCAGUCGUCACAUAUUUGAAGAGGAAUCCCUAAAUCUCUGAAGCUCACUGGAUUGAAAUAUGUAAAGCUACAGGGUUUCUAUAUCUUGAAAUUUAAAGCAAGACUACUACAAUUGAAUUUGAAUAUUUCAGUUUAUGGGUUUUGUGUGGAGAACGAUGUAUGAUAUCUGUAAAGAAAAUAGACAAGUGUUAAAAUGACAAUCAAUGCUCAUAGUCGAACUAAGAUAGUUACAUA